AGAAGAAAAAAAUGAAGUCUUCACAUACAAAGUCCCAACCCCAUGUAGUGUGUGUUCCCUUCCCAGGACAGGGACAUAUAAACCCUUUUAUGCAAUUGGCCAAGGUCCUUCACUGGAAAGGGUUCCACAUAACUUUUGUCAACACUGAAUCCAAUCAUAGACGUUUGGUCAGGUCUCUGGGACAAACCUUUGUUAAGAGCCAACCAGGUUUUGAUUUUGAGACUAUCCCAGAUAGUUUACCACAAAGAGAUGGUGAUACAAACCCAGAUGUCUCAGCCCUGUGUGAUUCAACCCGAAAGAACUUUUUGGCACCAUUCAAGAAGCUUUUGACCAAGCUAAACACAUCUUCAAGGGUUCCUCCUGUUAGUUGCAUAAUAUCUGAUGGGGUCAUGAGCUUUGCAAUUAAAGCUGCUCAGGAAUUGAACAUACCUGAAGCUCAGUUUUGGACUGCAUCUGCUUGUGGAUUCAUGGGAUACUUGCAAUUCGGUGAACUAGCUAACAGAGGCAUUAUUCCAUUCAAAGAUAAUGAAUCCAUUACUGACAGUGCACUGGACAAGCCCAUAGAUUGGAUUCCAGGUAUGAAAAAUGUUAGACUCAAAGACAUGCCAAGCUUUAUCAGAACAACAAAUCUUGAUGAGACCAUGUUCAAUUUCAUGGGGUCAGAAGUAGAGAAAUGCUUGACAUCAUCAGCUAUCAUUUUUAACACAUUUCAAGAGUUUGAACUAGAAGUCCUUGCUGCAAUAAAGGCCAAGUUUCCCAACAUAUACAACAUUGGCCCACUUCCCUUGUUAUGUAGGCAUGUCCCUGAGAACAAGUUUAUGUCCCUUGGGUCAAGUUUAUGGGUGGAAGACUCCAAUUGCCUCAGUUGGCUAGAUAAAUGGCAACCCAAUUCAGUUAUAUAUGUGAAUUAUGGAAGUUGGACUGUGAUAACUGAGCAUCACCUAAAAGAACUUGCUUGGGGUCUUGCAAAUAGCAAGCACCCAUUUUUAUGGAUAAUUAGGCAUGAUGUAGUAAUGGGUGAAUCAGCAAUUUUACCUAAGGAGUUUUCUGAUGAGAUUAAAGAAAGGGGAUACAUCACAAGUUGGUGCCCUCAAGAUAGAGUACUUGCACAUCCAUCAAUUGGGCUUUUCUUAACACAUUGUGGAUGGAAUUCACUAACAGAAGCUAUAUGUGGGGGUGUGCCUAUCAUAUGCUGGCCUUUCUUUGCAGAGCAGCAAAUGAAUUGUAGAUAUGCGUGUACAAAUUGGAGAAUAGGGGUGGAGAUAAAUCAUGAUGUAAAGCGUGGAGAGAUUGCUGAGCUUGUUAAGGAAAUGAUGGAAGGAGAUAAGGCAAAGGAAAAGAAGCAAAACGUUUUAGAAUGGAGGAAAAAAGCAGUACAAGCAACGGAUAUAGGUGGCUCAUCCUAUAAUGAUUUCAAUAGGUUAAUAGAAGAGGCUCUUCAUUUUGGAGAGUGAUUCAAAAUUUCAUCAGUGUUAUGGUCUUGUAAGAGGCUAUUGUAAUAAAAGCCUCUUCUUCUUCUUCUUUUUAUUUUGUAGAGUAAUUUAAUAAAUUUAGUAAAU